AUGGCUGCCGCCUCAGCCUUCUUGGCAUUCCAGGCGCAGGAAAGCCUGGCGGGGACUGGAGGCACCAUGGGAGCCCAGAGGCUGUGGGGCCUGGGCCCAGUCAUCAUGGACAGCUUCUUCGGUUGUGAGCUGUCCGGGCAGGCCAGGUCCUACUCCUUCGAGGUAAAGGAGGAGGACAACAUGGAGCAUGUGCUGGCGUUGCCCGUGCUCUGCCUCACAGAAGAUGCUAAGGAGAGCGAUGUUACGGAGGUGGUGGCCUGAAACCAUGACAAUGAAGAAAUUGCUGUGCCACUGGCCAACCUGAAACUGGCCUGCCAGCCCAUGCUCAACCUAGGUGACUUCCCACUCCGGCCUCCAGUGACCUUCCACCUGACGUCUGGAUCUGGCGCUGUGCAUGUCACCGGGAGGCAGCAGAUUGUGUCUAUGGAAGGCAGUGAACUCUCAGAGGAGAAUGAGAGUGAAGACAGGGACUCAGAACUGCUGCCCAUUCUGCCUGCCAGGAAGCAUCAGGGAAGUCUACAAUUGGCAAGGGCCCACAAUUUUGGUUCUUCUAGAGUUUGA